AUGCUCGCCGUGCAGCAAGCUCCCAGGAUGGGUUCGACGCAGCCUGAGUCCGAUCCCUUACUUAUGUUUGGGUAUUCGGUAGACUCGACUCAACCAGAUAUUUUCGAUGCCGCCCCCGAUCCAGCACCGGGAGCACCGCUCUUGACGGAGACGGAUAGCAAAUUUCUCAGCUCCUUCUUUGAGGACAUGACGUCAAAUCAGUACAACAUGCCAUCCUUUGGCGAGGGCCUUAACUUUAGCGAUGCCUGGUUGGAUCUGCCUCCCCAGUUCAUGGGUUCUUCCACUUCUCUCGGUCCCCAGGAGAACUCGGGCGACUUUAGCUUCCAUAAUGACCAUCAAAACGACCUCUCACGAAUGCUGUCGGCCGGGUCGAGCAUGAUGCCACCCCCGCCCCCUCCCUCACACCCACACACUCACUCACAGUCCUUCUCUCAUCCUCACCAACAUUCCGACGACGUGUUGAACGCCGCCGCGACUCUUCUCCAGAAUGGCAACCGUGCCACUCCUCCAAGGAGUAACAGCAGCCCUGGCAAUAACAAUAACAACAACCACAAUGCCAACGCCGCCAACAGGCCCGUGGCAUACCCGGUUGGCCACCUUAGGCACCAGCCGAUGGAGGAGUUCAGGGAGGAGAACCGGAAGAGUAGCCAGGGAACCGAAGUAGACCACACAUUCACACGGUGGAUGUGGGGUUCCAAGGAAAAGACGCCCGUCUCAAAACCUGCCUUGGCCGAUUUCCAAUGGGGUUCAGACGCAAGCUUCUCCGAUGUCCAGGGGUAUGUACCAGAGCCAAGGAAGGAGUCCGUGGAGUCCAUGCAUCAAACCCAGAUGAAAUGCCUCGAGUGCUUGGAGGACAAUCAGAGCGCGGCUAACACCCGCCCCGGCAGUCCUGCUAACGGACAAGCCACCAGCAGCAACGGUGACGGAUCUGCCUACAUGAAGAGGGAAGAAGAUCCCAAUGCGCCCCCAAGGAAGAGGCGGAAGAGCAAGAACGUCCGCGGCGCCGCCGCCGAUGAGGACGACGAGGACGACGAUGAUGCCACCUCAUCCAAGUCCGGCCGAAAGCGAAAGACCAAGUCUGAGCGGUCAGCCAGCGGAUCAGAGCCCCCCUCGGACACCACUGGCGGAAGCAGACGCCGCAAGUCUGGAGUAAAUGGAGCCAAGCCCCCCCGUGAGAACCUCUCUGAGGAGCAGAAGCGCGAAAAUCACAUUCGCAGUGAACAAAAACGACGGACCCUGAUCAAGGAAGGAUUCGACGAUCUCGGCGAGCUGGUGCCUGGACUGAAGGGCGGUGGCUUCAGCAAGAGUACCACGCUGACCAUGGCUGCUGAAUGGUUAGACGAGCUGCUUCGAGGGAACAAGGCACUGGCAAUGCAAGUAUCUGCGCUGGAACAGCGGUAA